GUUGAAAAGAUGCCUUGUAAUUGGUUGGUUAUUUAUAGCUAGUUGUUAAUCCAGCUUUACCAUUGAUGUUACAUCCCGUACGCAAUUUUAACCAUUUUCCUUGUAUGAGGCUGUGUCCCGCCAGUAAAUUCACCACAAAUAUGACCUUGAAAUUUGAAUUCAAACAGUUCGUCUAAAAAUACCCACAAGAUUGAAGUUUUCAUGAUGUGAUAAUCGAACACUUCCGCCAAUGCUUACGAGAAUGUUCCAACGUUGGUUGGUUUGUUAACACUAGGUGGAUGGCUAGGGGCAGUGCAAAGCAGAGUAUUGCGUCUUCUACAAGCGUAUAGCGUAAGGAAGGAAUAUAUGUUGAUUGAUACUUGUCCUUAACGCCUUUUAAGGAGUAUUUUCUUUACGCAACCUGUUCAAUUUAGCAACACGAGUUUACAUCCGUUAUGACAGAUAAACAAUCAUUCCACGGCGAAGUACGAUCAAACUUAAACAAGCUCAAACCAAACAAUAUCUAUUUAUUCGACGACCCGAACUAUAGAAAAGAUCUGGUUGACGUUCUUCGUUCAUUGAGAAGAAGUGGAUCGCUUUGUGAUGUUACUAUCCGACAUGGAAAACGAAAGGUCGCUUGUCAUCGGAUUAUCCUCGGUUCCGGUAGUCCGUACUUCAGAGCUCUUUUUGUCGAGAGUGAGUCGGGUAAAUUCGUCAAAAAUGUUGAUAUAACAGAAGACAUUGAUUGUCAAUCUCUAGACGCUACUAUAGACUAUCUCUAUGGAGGUACUAUUUACCUAACUCCAUUAAAUACUGUAGGUGUUCUGCGAGCGGCGUGUUUAUUCAAGCUACAAGCUCUCGCAGAUGAAUGUUCGUUUGCUCUUUCAAAAUAUCUUUCUUCAGAAAACUGUUUACAAGUUAAAGACAUUGCUCUUCUUUAUGGACAAAAGAAGCUAUAUGCAAGAAGCUGGAGGUUUAUUUGUAAGAAUUUUCCAGAAGUUUCUCGUAGUGGGCAAUUUUUGGAACAGAACGAACAGAGAAUGGAGGAAAUCCUGUCUUGUGAUGAUGUUCAUGCCACGGAGGAACAGAUUUUUGACGCCCUAGUUCGCUGGACGAACUUCGAUCGCAAAGAACGCGGAGUACACUUUGCCAAGCUUCUUCGAUUUAUUCGUCUACCCCUCAUGAACAACAAAUUACUUGUCCAAAACGUGGAAACUGAAGAGCUAGUACAAAGAUCUCCCUCUGCUAAGGAGAUGGUCAUGGAAGCCAUGCGAUACAACAUGGCCGACAGUGUAACUAGGGCAACGCUUCGAAGUCCACGUACCAUGGCGAGGACUUGGUCAAAGAUGGUUGAUGUGAUAAUGCUAGUUGGUGGUAGAGGAUCAAGUCCUUAUGAGAGUCGGACAACGAUUUGUUAUGAGCCGAGAGAGAAUACUUGGUAUAGCUUGGCACCCGUACCGACAGUCUUAUAUGACCAUAGCGUUGCCUCUGCUGACGGCUUGGUGUUUUCGUGCGGAGGAUCAGUGGAAGGAAGAUCUUCAUUGUUACUUCAAAAAGACGUUUUUGUAUUUGAUCCUCAGUACAACCAGUGGUCAAGUGUGGCUUCGAUGAAAGAGGAACGAGCACAGUUUGCGGCUGGUGGCCACGAUGGUCUUCUCUAUGCAAUAGGUGGAAUGAUGAAUGGACCCAAAUGGAAUGCAGUAGAAGUCUAUAACCCUGUUAGUGACCGAUGGGCCUUCCUACCCAAACCAGCCAUCCCAAGAUCCAACCACACGUUGGUUACCACGGAAACACAUCUCUACGUCAUUGGAGGAGACGGCCACGAGAUUGAGCCCGUGAUAAGUGUUGAGCGGUACGACCCGUCAAGUGAUACAUGGAGCUUUGUCUUACCUAUGAGCUGUGGUAAAGUGGGCGCAUGCGCAGUAUUGUUAAAUGAUAGGAUCCUUGUUUUUGGUGGCUCAAAUGGGUACCACACGAUGAAGCAGUGCGAAGCUUAUGAUAUUGGACGGCAUCAAUGGAAGCCGAUCGCAGAUAUGACGGAGUUUCGUCAAAACGCACAGGCAGUGGCAGUUGAUGGUAACGCAUACGUCAUUGGAGGAAGAGACUUUUAUGGCAAACGAUACUUGGACACAAUAGAGCGAUAUAACCCUUCCAAUGACCAAUGGACUGUAGUAUCUGAGAUCCCCAUUCACAAAAAAGGCUUCCAAUGUAUCGCCAUUAAAAUAUCCAAAGACCAUCUCCAGCCCUUUAUAAAAAAUACCAAAAAGCCAUCUUGAUGCUAGCAAUAUAGACUCCAUCGACUCUUAAUUCAAUUCAUUUUAUUACAUUGUUUAUGGUUAAUUUUUUGAAAAUAAUGUGAAAACUAGGCAAAUAGCGUGUCAUAUUUUUUAUUAUAUUUUUUUCUAUAGUUUCUAAUUAUAACAUCAACAAAAUAUAUUACUAGUUAUCAUUCAGGAAGACUGCUUCAUAUCUGCUUUUCCGCUACUUCAGUAGCGUUAUUGAGUUUCGAUUUUCUGAAUAACUGUAAUGCUAUAUAUACGUAAUUAACUAAGUAAGGAGAAGAAAAAUCCCAAUUUGAAACGCUCUGGUAA